CGUGUCUGCAAUCUGAAGUAGGAGGUAGCAUCUACCUAGGUGGCCUACACUUACCACCCACCUUCCCAAACUUCACCUUUUGCCUACAUUUUCCUACCCUUCAUUCCACAGCAACCAAGACAAAGAACAGCAAAAGCAAGGCUUUUCUUCGACGCCAUCGUUCCAUUGCCAUAUCAAAUCUCUACAAAGCGAAAAAGAUGUGCGAAGUCUUCAUCUACAAGCACGUCAAGUGCAAAUGCGUCUGGGGCGAGAUCGCCGUGCAAUGCGGUCCCGGUAUGGGCUACACGACAUGCGGACAAUUCGGCAGCGGCAUCGCGAAGAGGCCUCUCCGGCUCCAGAUGGCGGACAAGCGGUCGUGUCCGACGCACGACCUAUACGGGCUCUACGACCGCAACCAGGCGCGGGUGAUUAAGAAGAUCACGCACGGCAUCAAGAUCGGAGCGGGGCCGAGUAAGCAGGACGCUGGGAUCGAGGUCCCCUGCUGCGCUGUCAUGUGAAGACGGUGGAAACUUACGGAUAUCACGAAGGCGCAAAGUACAGAGACGAAGGAGGCACGUGGGAGGGUCGAUGUCUGGGUGGAUGGAGUUGCCAAGCUGGGUAAGUGAAGCUGGUGACUGGGGUGGAGGCUGAGGCGCAGAUGGGUUAGUGCUGGGGCUGACGUGUAUUUACCCAGGGCCAAGACGCGAUGACGAUUCUAGCUGAUGGGAGUUGAACGGGCCAGGAAGUCUCUUCUGCGUGGUUCGAUUUUGACAACCGAGGAGAGAAAGUAAUGGCGGGGGAAAGCGAGCAAAAGAAGAAACAACGAAGUUAUGGAAG